AUGGCGUCGAGCCUGGCGUCAACAGACCCAUCAUCCACGCCCCUCUUGAGCGAUGUAGCAGGAGGCAGAGACGCGCACUACGGCACAGGCCCAGAACCCCCUGCCGACGCCGCGCCGACCGACCGGAGCACCACCACCACCACCACCACCACCACCACCCCCUUCGCGCGGAAUCUAGGUGCGCUGGAUGCAUUCGCCAUCAUCAUCUCCAUCGUCAUUGGCAGCGGCAUCUUCACAUCCCCUGGGUCCAUCGACACCAAUGUGCCGUCGCCUGGAGUGGCGCUGGUUGUUUGGCUGGUGGGCGGGAUCCUGGCCUGGACGGGAGCGAGCACGAUGACGGAGCUUGGGACGGCGAUUCCUGGUGAGGGAGGUGUACAACCUUACUUAAAGUAUAUAUACGGUGACGUCUGGGGUCACUUGGCUGCGUGGACUUGGGUCGUCGCCAUCAUGCCUGCAACCCUGGCCAUCCUGAGCAUCGUCUUCGUCGAGAGCAUCUUCUCCGCCGCCGGCGUCACAGACCAGGCCGCCAGCCUCUCGCACAAGCUCCUGUCCGUCCUGAUCAUGGCCGUCAUGAACCUGGCCAACUCCAUCAGCACCCGAGCCAGCACCCGGCUCAACAACUUCUUCGUCGGCACCAAGUUCCUGAGCAUCUUCGGUGUCGUCCUGGCCGGCAUCGUGGUCCUCUUCCUCCACCUCGCCCACCCGGAUGACAACAACAGCGUAGGUGGUGGCGACUGGCACAAGAGGAACUGGUUUGCGGACCGCGACACCGUCAUCACGCCGGGCGACAAAGGCGGCCUCGUCAUCCACUGGCAGGACGUCAGCACCUGGGAACUGCUGGGCCACCUCUCGGCGGCGCUGUACGGGGCGCUCUGGGCGUAUUCUGGCUGGGAGAAGGGCAUCUACGUCUCUGCCGAGCUGUCCAACCCCGUCAAGCAGCUGCCUCUUGCCAUCAACACCGCCAUACCGACGAUUGUGUUGUGUUUUCUCGCCGCGAAUGCGGCGUAUUACAUCCUGCUGCCGUGGGAUGUGGUGUCCACCACAGACAGCGUUGCCGUGACGGCCAUCGCUCGUCUCCUCGGUCGCGGGUUCGGCAUUGUCGCCGCUGUUCUGAUCUGCCUCGUCGUCGCCGGCUCUCUUUUAGGCAACUCGUUCGUUGCGGGCCGGAUGGCAGUCGCAGCAGCCAACGCAAACUGGCUCCCCAGCCUCUUCGCCGCCGUGGGGAAGAUAGGCCCAGCAGGAUCGACCGAGCAGGAGGAGGAGGCUCAGGACCACACAGACAAGUCAGGCUCCGACGCCCCUCUCAACGCCAUCCUCCUCAACACCCUCCUCUCCGCCCUCUUCAUCUUUCUCGGCGACUUCCGCUCCCUCGUCACCUUCAACGGGCUGGGCGAGUACACCUUCUUCUUCCUCACCGUCCUGGGCGCCGUGGUCCUCAGGUUCCGCGAGCCCCAGCUCCGCCGCCCUUACAAGCCGCUGCUGCUCGUCCCUGUGGUUUUCACUCUGGUCAGCGGCUUCGUCUUGGUGCGGGGGGCUGUCUUUGCGCCUGCGCAGGCCCUGGUUCUUCUUGUUUGCGAGCCCGGCCGUGGCUGA